AUGACGACCGAUCAGACGCGAGAUUCGUCCGCGGAAGCACCGCUAGGCGGUCCGAACGGCCAUGACUUCGCGGCGGAUGUUCCGCCGGAAGCCCUGGCGGCAAGCGUGGCGAUUUUGACGGAGAAGGAGCAAGACCCGGUGACGCGUCGCGAGUGGUGGGGGUGGUUUAUCUACAACGCGGCGGGAAACGCGUUCUCCCUCGUCGCAAUGUCGAUUUUCUUCCCGUUGCUCCUCGUCUACCUCGCCACCGCGCAGGCCGCCACGCAGGCCGGCGCGCCGCCGCCGCCGCAGUGCAACGCGACGCUCACGACAGGCUGCUUGCAAUGCGUGGCGGGCAAGGGGCAGCAGCUGAUGACGUCAACCAGCUACACGGCGUACGAUUCGCCCAACUUGCAAGCCGGCACGCUGUCGAUGGAGCCGGUGGCGUACACAACGGUCAUCAUCGGACUGGCCGUGGUGGUGCAGAUCAUCGGCCUCGUGUGCUUCGGCGCCGAGGCGGAUUUCGGGCAGGGCCGAUGGCGGAUGCUGCUGGUGGGAACGCUGAUGGGGGCAGUACCCUGCAUUCUAUGCCUGGCGCUCACAUCGCCGUCUCUCUGGUGGCUGGCGGGUCUGUUUGCCAUCAUCGCUAAUCUCGGAUACGGCAUCUCUCUCGUCGGCUACAACAGUUACCUGCCUGUACUGGUGGAUGCAUCACCUAAGGUGCUCGCUGCGGGCCCAGACGAGGCUUCCAUCCUUGCUGUCCGCGAGAAGGUGGAGAACAAGGCGUCCCUGUCAGGCCUGGCAAUGGGCACGCUAGGGAGCGUGCUCGCCAUGCUGCUCACCUUCGCCACCACGCUGCUCAUCCCAGACGACCUGCUCAAGCUCCGAGUCACCGUGGCAGUCUGCGGCGUGUGGUGGAUCGCGCUCUCUGCCUUCACCUUCGCUUGGCUGCACCCGCGCCCCGGUCCCCCCAUGCCCAAGACCGGAUUCUCCAUGCUCAACCGCUGGCGCCACCUCUUCGGUCUCUUCAAGGAGGCCUCCCGGUACCGCUACACGUUCAUCUUCCUCAUCUGCCUCGUUGCGUACGGGAGCGGAUUCACCACCAUGCUGCAGAUGGCAGUGCUGUUCGGGCAAAACGACCUCUGCCUGUCCGUAUCAUCCAUGGCUAUCAUUGCGCUUACCGUUGCUGUGGUGGCGAUUGCUGGCAUGCCGCUCGCGCUGCUCUUCCAGCGGAAAACCCACGCGACGAACAAGACCAUGGUCGUGAUUCUCCUCACGUGCCUAGUUCCCCUGCCCGUGUGGGGAUUCAUCGGGUAUUUCACCGCCGACGGGGGGUUCGGGCUGAAAUCCGCGUGGGAGAUUUACCUGUGUGCGGCGUGGCUGGGGUUCUUCCUGGGAGCUCUCACGUCAUACUCGCGCACGCUGUUCAUUGACUUCAUCCCCGAGGGCCGUGAGGGCGCAUUCUUCACGCUCUUCUUUAUCUGCGACCGCAUCAGCUCCUGCAUAGGCCCCUUUGUCAUUGCGGCCGUCACACAGGUGGGGGGUCAGCUCCGGCCUGUGUUUGGAUACGUUUUUAUUGUGCUGGUCAUCCCAGCUGUCUCCGUCCAAUUAUUCGUCAACUAUAACAAGGGGGUGGCAGAGGCUGGAAGGGCAACCAAGCAUCAAGAGAGAUUACAAGAGGAGAGUUUUCACGAAGGCAGUCAUGCUCACGGCACUCAAGUGGUUCAUGCAGAGCCGUGA